GGCGCACGCGGCUUUUUGCACCGUCACGGACGCACUGACGCGCAGAGUAUCAUCCGCAGAGCCACUGAAAGGUAUCAGAAUCCAGCCGAAUGAACAGAGCGACUGCAAAGCUUCUAAUUGAGCGCUACUUUCGGCAGUUAACCCAGGGUUGUGGAAAUGGCAGCUGCACGAAUGAGUUUUGCGCUUCAUGUCAUGAUUUUCAACCUUUGGAUAACAAUUUGGCGGCCGCCAAAGCGUUCGAGCUGUUUAAGGUUAAUGCCAAACUGUGUGACUAUCAUCCCUGCAUUGCGUCCGGCAGUGACGAAAGCGCUCAGCCGGACAGCACGAUGGGCGACAGCGAACCCGUUUCUCCGAGUGAGGAAUUUUCAGAUGUUCACUGCCUCUCAGAAAACACUGUGUGCAUGAUACUGAACGCCUGCGAGGAGCGUGGGGAUUACUCCGCUCUCACCCGUGCCAUCGGAAAAGUUUUCUCAAAUGCGGAAUGCCUGAUGAAAAGUUUCAGGAAGGAUGAGCCGAAGGCUGCUGAAAAUCUUGACUCGAAAAAGUCAAAAGAGUUGGAGAAGCAGAGUGAGAAGACGGGCGCCUCCUCUACAGCCUCCACCCCUGAUGAGGUUUCGGGCGAGAUGUCCAACUGCUGCGAUCUGACGGUGGACAUCGAAGCCGUACGGAGAGUCUACGCCAAGCUGCUGUCCAUCGAGCAGGUGGAGGCGGUCCUGGUCAACGCCAUCAUAUACCUUACUCCCAAUGUGGAACUCGACCUGGAAUAUCUUGACGUGUACGAAGUAAACCCAGAUUACCUGAACAUCUUCGUCAUCGUGAUGGAAAACGGGAACCUUCACAGCCCGGAGUACCUGGAGGUGGCCUUACCGCAGUUCUGCAAGGCCAUGAGCAAACUGCCGGUGGCGGCGCUCGCCCGGCUGUCCAAGCUGUGGUCGACUUACGGACUCUCACACCUUCGCCGCAUGAUGGAGACCUUCCAGCAGCUCAUCACUUUCACAGUGGUCAGCAAUGAAUUCGACGCAACGAAUCUGGUAAACGACGACGAGACGGUGGUGGCGGCGACCCAGUGCUUGAAGGUCGUCUUCUACGCCAGCAUCCUGGGAGGGGACGUGGACGUUGAGCACAAUGAAGAGGAAGAAGAAGAAGAGGCUGAGUCUGAUGAGCUGACGCUACACGAAUUGCUCGGUGAGGAGCGUCUCUAUAAGAAGGGUCCUCGGGUGGACCCGCUGGAGGAAGAGCUGGGCGUCCGGCCUGUGGACAGCCGAAAACCCCUGCUGCCCUUUGAGGACUUCGUUAACGAGUCGCUGAACGACGUGGUUGAGAUGGACAAAGACUUCACCUUCUUCAAGGUCAAUGCAGAAACUAAGUUUUCUUUCCAGAGCUGCCCCUUCAUCCUCAGCGUCAUCACCAAGAGCCAGGGCCUGUACUACGACAACAGGAUCCGGAUGUACAGCGAGCGGCGCCUCACGGCCCUCUACAGCCUGGCACAGGGCCAGCAGGCAAACCCCUAUCUCAAGCUGAAAGUGCGCAGAGACCACAUUAUUGACGAUGCCCUCGUCAGGCUGGAGAUGAUCUCCAUGGAGAACCCGUCCGACCUCAAGAAGCAGCUUUUUGUCGAGUUCGAGGGGGAGCAGGGGGUUGAUGAAGGAGGAGUUUCAAAGGAGUUCUUUCAGUUGGUUUUAGAGGAAAUCUUUAAUCCUGACAUAGGGAUGUUCACCUAUGACAGCGACACAAAGCUCUUCUGGUUUAAUUCAUCAUCGCUGGAGAAUGAAGCGCAGUACACUCUCAUUGGAAUCGUCUUGGGCCUAGCAAUUUACAACAACUGCAUACUGGAUGUCCAUUUCCCAAUGGUGGUCUACAGGAAGCUGAUGGGAAAGAAGGGAACCUACUUGGACCUGUCAGACUCACAUCCAGUUCUGUACCAGAGUCUGAAGGGGUUGCUGGAGCACACCGGUAAUGUGGAAGAAGACAUGAUGCUCACUUUCCAGAUUUCACACACAGACCUUUUUGGAAACCCGGUGUUGUACGACUUGAAGGACCAGGGAGACCAAAUUCCAGUUACCGAAGACAACAGACAGGAGUUUGUAGAUCUGUAUGCUGACUACAUCUUGAACACAAGCGUUGAGAGACAAUUCAAAGCCUUUAAAAAAGGUUUCCUGAUGGUCACCAACGAGUCUCCGCUGAAAUAUCUGUUUCGACCAGAGGAAGUUGAACUGCUCAUCUGUGGAAGCAGGAAGCUGGACUUUGAAGCCCUUGAGAAGACGACCGAAUAUGACGGAGGCUACAGCACAGACAGCCAAAUUAUCAAAGACUUCUGGGAAACCAUUCACUCCUUUGGAGAGGAGCAGAAGCGACUGUUUCUUCAGUUUACCACCGGAACGGACAGAGCGCCUGUUGGAGGGCUGGGAAAACUAAAGAUGAUCAUCGCCAAAAACGGCUCCGACACAGACAGGCUGCCGACCUCCCACACCUGUUUCAAUGCACUGCUGCUCCCCGAGUACUCCUCCAAGGAAAAACUGAGGGAAAGACUCCUCAAGGCCAUCACGUACGCCAAAGGAUUUGGGAUGCUGUGACGCAUCCGCAAAGAAAGUUUCAAAACUGCUUUUGAGCAACAGAAGCAAAGAAAGUUCAAAAAAAAAAAAAAAAAGAAAGAAAAGGGGAAAAAUAAC